AUGACUCUAACUAACAUUGAUCAUGAGAAGCAAAUAUACUGCUUCAAAGUCUUCUAUGCAUUUCUUGUGGUGCUUUUACUACACAUGAACAAUCCUUGCAUUGGAUGCAGUGAGAGGGAACUGCAAGCCCUCCUUGCAUUCAAACAAGGCCUCGUGGAUGACGACAAUCGCCUCCUUUCAUGGGCCGGAGUCUACUGCAGCAACCACACUGGCCAUGUUGUUAAGCUUGAUAUUGGAGGCCAAUGUUUGCAAGACUGUAAUCUUCAUCCUCCAAUUAUAUCCUCUGUUUCUGUUAUGAACUCUUCUAAAUCUCUUGUUCGUGUCGAUCUCUCCUACAACAAUCUUAACUCUUCAAUCUUUCAAUGGCUGUCCGGUACUCAUACCAACCUUGUUGAUCUUGAUCUAUCUGGGAACAAUUUAAAUGGUUCCUCAAUUCCUGAUGAUUUCGGAAACAUGAGCUCUCUUGCAUCUCUUACUCUCUUUGAUAGCAGACUUAAAGGGGGGGAUCCCAAAUUCGUUUGCCAAGUUAUGUAG